GACAAUGUCAGACAACAAUGUUAGAACUUAAGAUGAAGAAAGUACAAGAAGUUUCUUCUGCUCCUUUUCGUAUGACAUGUUUUUAGCGAGAAUUCAUAAGGCUUCUUCCUAGGCUUAUCGGAUUCGCAAAAGAAAACUUCACUUCAGCAAAUUUCUCCCUUCGUUUAUCGAACAGUCAGAACAUCCGAAGUCUCUCUGUGCGGAUACAUGUGAUUAGCUCAAGCAGGCCAGAAGUAAAGUGAGUGCUCAGAAGUGUAAGUCUAAUAACUAAUAUUUAUUGCCAUAAUGCCAAAUGUUAUGGAUAAUUUUGAUAUAAUACGACGUGUAGUGCAUUGUGAUCGACAACAAAAUGUCUGAUGUGCUUUCAUACCGCUGGCAGAUGCUGAAUAUUUCUUCUCCGUACGCACCCAGUUUCGUGGAUGAUGGCCCACCAAGCUGGUGUUACGAGAAUCGCUACAAUGGAUGGAAUACACCACCAGAUGUGUAUGUUGGUCCCUACUGGAAGCAAUUUAGGGCACCCGCUCCCUAUCUUCAUUACUUACUAGGUAUACUCUACAUUGGAUUGACAUUUGUCUCUUGCGUUGGAAAUGGAAUGGUCAUCUACAUAUUCCUUGUGUCCAAAACGUUAAGAACACCAGCAAAUAUGUUCGUAGUUGGAUUGGCAUUUUCAGAUAUGUUCAUGAUGUCUAAAACUCCUAUUUUCAUUUAUAAUUGCUUUCACUUAGGACCGGUAUUUGGAAAUUUAGGUUGUACGCUAUAUGGUGUAGUAGGCGCUUACUCAGGCUUGGGUUCCGCUUUCUGCAAUGCCAUCAUCUCUUACGAUCGAUACAGAGUUAUAGUCCACCCUUUCAGUAAAUCAGGAAUGACGAUGACUAAGGCAGUGUUGAUGCUGGUGCUCAUGUACGUUUAUAUAACACCAUUUGCACUAUUACCAGCUUUUCACAUAUGGAGUCGUUUCGUUCCCGAGGGAUUUUUGACCAGCUGCGCACCGGAUUUCUUCUUGCACGACUUCAGUGGUAGAUCUUACAUCGUGGGUACUUGGUUUUUUGGAUGGUUUAUACCUAUCUCUAUCGUCUUGUAUUGUUAUACGAGGAUAUUCAUAUCUGUCAGAGAUCAUGAAAAAAAGAUAAGAGAGCAGGCUCGAAAAAUGAACGUUGAUAGUUUUCGAUCAAAUGCAGCUGUCAAUAACUCUUCUGCUGAAGUCAGAAUUGCCAAGACGGCCUUCUGCCUCAUCGUUCUAUUCUUGUUUUCCUGGGUUCCUUACAUUACCGUUGCUUUUAUAGCUGGCUUCUCAGAUCCCAAAGAAAGGCGAAUCACACCCGUGAUUUCAAUGAUUCCUGCACUUACUCUAAAAGCUUCAGCCUGCUUCGACCCUUUCUUCUAUGCCAUUAGCCACCCUAGGUAUAGGCUGGAACUCCAGAAAAGAAUGCCUUGGCUCUGCAUUCAGGAAAAACAGGAAGCUUCUGUAAACGGAGUCGACGAUGUGUCUAAAGCAACAGAGCAAGCCUAAAUACUAGUAUUUUGAAACUGUUCUUGCCUGUAAAAAUUAAGAAAGAAAUAACCAUUUGCUACAGAGAAAAAAGUGAAUUUGAAUAAUUUAUAUUAAUGAUAUGAAUUCAAAGAAAUAUUAGUUAUUAAAAAUGAAAUUUCGUAUUAUUACAAAUUAACACUACAUGUAAUAAUACGAAAUUUCAUGCACUGAAUUUAAGUUUCAUUUCGGUUUCAAUGAAGAAAUUAUAAGAAGAAAUUUGGCUAAAAAUGUAAUUAUGUCAGAAAAAUACAAAACUUCAGUACAUAUUUGGAAAAAUAAUCGAGUUUUGAAUGGAAAUAUAAAGAUAAAUUUUAAGAAUUUUAUGAAAUAAAGAGAUAUGAUCUCUUCAACGUUUUCAGAUAUUGAAAACUAAAAUAAUUUUAGAGACCCCUUAACUUAUAUACAAAUGACUUUGGUAUUUGCUCUUUCAUUUAUUUAUCUGAUUUCUGAAUUCUAUUUCAAUAUAAAUAAGUUACUAAUAUGCCUCUGAAAAUAAAUAUAGUUGUUGAAAUGAGCAAAUUAGCACGGAUUCGUAUAUCGUAUUGUGAAAUUGUUUUAUUUUUCUACUCAGUACGCGUAUUUCAUAUUCUUUAAGAUUCUAACCAGAUGAAUGAAUUUGAUAAUCUUCGUUCAUUUUUUGUCCGAUUAAAUCUUCAUUUAAUACCCCAAAUCUUUAAGGACAUUUUAAAAUCACAGAAUGUUACAUUAUAACACUCCGUCUCUUUAUAAAAAUUUUCAUCUCUUGCCGAGUAAACCCAAGCCUAAAUAGCUACACAGGUUAUUAAACAAGUCCAUCUCAAAUGCAGAGUUGAGCUGCAACUCUGCAUUUACGGAAAUUAAAAUCAGACAGAAAUGAUUGCGACUUACAAUCAGACAAAGCAAAAUUUCAGCUAAAUCUAUUUUUAACAUAACACAAGGUUAGAUUCGGUUCACAGUAAUUCGGAGAAAAUACUAAAAGGAAUAUGCUUAUUUGGAUUUCACGUUAAUAUUCAUCUAAAACAAUCAUAAUUUAAAUAGACUUAAAUAAAUAAGGAAUCUCUUGGAAGAUUAUUACCUCUUAAAACAGCUCAGUUUAAAUUUUCAGCAUUUGACGUGUAUAGAACCGCCACAAAAGACAAAGCUCAUAAAUUAGGGUCACAUUUAAAAUAGUAUUACUGUUUAAUUUAGUUACAUAGGGAGCCUAAAAGUUCAGCAGAGGCAAUGGGUAAUCCCAUAUAUCUGAGUAGAAAAUGAGUAGGAGUAGUAUAAGUUUUAAAAUAACUGAAAAAAAUUAACUUCUUAUCUCCCACUCAAAUUCUUUACAAUCAGUUUCGAACUAAAAUUACUAGGCCAUUAUUAAGGCGAUCUUAGCAAAAACAAGCUGAUAUUAAGUUUUUGAAUAUUAUAUAAUAAGGUUAAUAAAAGAUUUUAAUUGAAAAUAACUUUGUUAUUUUUUAAUUUGUAGACUUUAAAUUCAUGAAUGUCUCAAAAGCAUAUUUCCAAAGCAAUUUUUUGACUUCCUCUAUGUACUUAGCAUUAUAAGUGUGAAUACUUUAAUUUUACCUUUAGAAAGGAAAAGCAUGUUAAUGAGUGAGCAAUUUUCUAAUUAAAAAAAAGUAUAUUUGUGAAAUAAUGUUUUGUUGCAACCAAAAUAUUGGAAAAUGUUUACUACCUCAUGUUUGUGCUGUUUUCUUGUGAAUGUAAAAAUGAUUUAUUUUCACUCAUUAAAGUUCAUUCUAGAUGGACCAAUCAUAAUCAUA